AACAUCGCUCUUGCACUAUUUCAAAUUAUCAAUUCAAUGCGCUUUACCUUAAAUUUCGGACAAUCUCGAAAGAGACCAGCAUGGAAGGCUCAAGAAACCAACACCAUCAUUAUAAUUCGGUCCAUGUUCUAUGCUUGAGCUGGAUAGAUGAUGAUCUCGACGUUGCACCAGAAGUCGGAAGACUUGGCUGGGUUUUCACCGGGCUCUAUGGAUUUGAUGUGCAUUAUUGGAGAAUUCCAUCUAAGAGGGCGAACGAAACCCUUGAUCAUGAGCUAGAAUCAUUUUUUGAGACUUUUGAUCAGCCUAGGUCACUUCUAAUCAUUUACUACGCGGGCCAUGGCAGCCUUGGACAACACAACCGUCGCAUGACCUGGCAUUGUAAUAGACGAGCAGAAGAACCAAGCGUCUUAUGGGACGGACUUCAAUGGAGACUCGAAAAUGCUAGUUGCGAUGUCUUGCUCAUCCUCGACUGCUGCCAUUGUGCUCCGACUAGUAGAAGGCUGAGAGCUGGCACAAAGAAGUGGCUUUUGGGUGCUUGCGGAUUCUCACGUGAGGCAGCAGCACCAGGCGAACAGUCUUUCACUAGAAGUCUCACAGACGAGUUGGAAGGGCUUGUUGGCGCCCCGUUUUCAACGACUGAGCUCCACCGGAGAGUCGAGAAUCGUCUCAGACAUGGCAUUGGACUUGCCGGUAGCAAUCAUCGAGAAGAUCCGCAGCAUAUCCCACUCGGAGAAGGAGGAAGGGAACCUGAGUCCAUUCGUAUAACCUCUUACCAUUCCUUUCCUAUCAACCUCAUAGCGUAAGUCUAGGAGCCUUUUCAUGAUCAGUAUGGUGAUAACACAUGAUAGGAUCAUGGGCCCUACAGGAAGUGGAAAGAGCUCUGUGAGUUUCCAUCUCAUCAUUCUUAU